GAAUUGCUCAUUGACUUUGCUGGGAGCAUGAGCCUCUGUUGUGACUGAUCCCAUCCAUCCUCCAUAGCUUCCAAUGGUGUAUCAGAAAGUCCGAUUUGGGGCCACGAUGUCACCGGGCAUCCCAUUGACUCACUGAAUUCUCUUUGCAGCGGCAGUAAAUGCAAAUAACGUCCCCGCCAAUGGAAUCCAAAGAGCAACCCAAACCGAACGUGGAUUCUGCAGAAAAUGGAAAAACUGGUGGGAAAUCCACCGAGGACAAAAGUCCGAAGGAAAAUCCCACAGAAGAAGGUUCCACAAAGGAGGCAUCGAAGGAUUCGGAGACCAAGGAAAAAAAGGAAGAAGGCAACAACGGGGCCACGAUGGUGAAGGAGAUGGGUUACUACGACACCUUAGGGGUGAAGCCCAACGCCACCUCGGACGAGAUCAAGCGGGCCUACCGCAAACUGGCCCUGAAGUACCAUCCGGACAAGAAUCCCAGCGAAGGAGAGCGGUUUAAGCUCAUAUCGCAGGCUUACGAAGUCCUCUCUGACUCCAAGAAAAGGGACCUCUAUGACCAGGGUGGGGAGCAAGCUAUAAAGGAAGGAGGCUUAAGUGGCGGCAAUUUCUCUUCACCCAUGGACAUCUUUGACAUGUUCUUUGGUGGUGGAGGCCGAAUGAAUAGAGAGAGACGAGGUAAGAAUGUUGUCCACCAGCUGAGCGUAUCCCUUGAAGACAUGUACAACGGAGCGACAAGGAAGCUGGCCCUCCAGAAGAAUGUGAUUUGCGACAAGUGCAAAGGUUACGGCGGGAAGAAGGGUUCCGUGGAGAAGUGCCCCAUCUGCAAAGGGAGAGGCGUGCAGGUGAUCGUCCAGCAGAUCGGGCCCGGCAUGGUGCAGCAGAUCCAGACAGUCUGCCCGGAUUGCAAAGGCCAAGGCGAAAGGAUCAACCCGAAGGACCGGUGCAGCGUUUGCAACGGCAAUAAAGUGGUGAGAGAGAAGAAGAUCAUCGAAAUCCACAUUGACAAAGGCAUGAAAGAUGGCCAGAAGUUAGUGUUCCACGGAGAAGGGGACCAGGAGCCCGACUUGGAGCCCGGGGAUGUCAUCAUUGUGCUGGAUCAGAAGGACCACGCGGUGUUUCAGAGGAGAGGCCAGGACCUGAUCAUGAAGAUGAAAAUCCAGCUGACGGAGGCCUUGUGUGGCUUCAAGAAGACCAUCGAGACGCUGGACGAGCGGGUCCUUGUCAUACAGUCUAGGCCUGGCGAGGUGAUCAAACACGGAGACAUCAAGUGCAUCUUAAACGAAGGCAUGCCCAUUUACAAGUCCCCCUUGGAGAAAGGCUCUCUCAUCAUACAAUUCUUGGUGGACUUCCCCGAGCACCACUGGCUCUCUCCGGACCAGCUGCCCCUCUUGGAAGCACUUCUUCCGCCCCGGGAAGAGGUCACGGUCACCGAGGACAUGGACCAGGCAGAGCUGACGGAGUUUGACCCCCGGGAGCGGGCUCACCGCCACCGCCACGGAGAGGCCUACGAGGAGGACGACGACAACGGCCCCCGGACGGGCGUCCAGUGCCAGACCUCUUGAAUCGAAACAAAGGGGCAGCACAACAUACGUCGGGACUUUCCAGGGCCCGUUUUUUCAAAGGCCCGUUUUCACAUUCUGCACAGUGUGUUAACUCUAUAUAUUUUCUAAGGAGUUCCGUAUUUAAGUGUUUUCUGUAAACUAUUAAGCAUGUGUAACCAAAGACUUGAACAUCCUAGAACUUGAUAGAGCGAGCAAUUCCUGUUACUCUAAAAGGAAUAUUGGAGGGAGGGAGCGAGGGAGGAAAAAGUUAGUCUUGCACUGUAUGCUUCUGAAGUAUUUCUUCAAAUAAAACUUGAAAGGACCAUU